ACGCUCCGGCUCCACGUGACGGCCCGGCGGAGCCCGCCCGCUCCGCGGCAGGACGAUGGCAGCCAGCCUGCCGUUCGAAUUGUGCAGCGGCUCCCCGGGCCAUUGGUCCGCUCCAGAGCUGGGCUCCUGCGAUUGGCCCGGAGUCAGACACCGAGCGCCGUGACAGGGCAGGUCUCGGGAGGAGGCGGGGCGAGUUAAAGAGCCUCCCGGCGCGGCGGAGGCGGGAGGUACAAUUUGGGGUAUAGUUUUGUGAUAUGGGUGACACAAAAGAAGCUAAAAUGCAAAUAACACCAGAAACUCCAGCACGAGUCACAGUCCUGAAUCCUUUUGAAAGCCCCAGUGAUUAUUACACUCUUCAGGAGCAGAUUGUCUCCAGUCCUUCAGUCUUUAAGUCAAGAAAAUCCUCAUCUACACCAGGAAAAUUUAGAUGGUCUAUUGAUCAGCUUGCUCUAAUAAAUCCUGUGGAAAUUGACUCGGAAGAUGUUCGACGCCAAGCGAUGUAUUUGAGUCAUGCUAGAAUUGAUAAGGAGACUGAAGAAAGAAGGCAAAAAGCCAUUGAGGAGUUUUUCACAAAAAGACUCAUAGUUCCUUCUCCUUGGAUUGAACAUGAAGGCAAGCAAAUUUCUCAGCUUAAUUCAACUAAAUCUAUAGAUCUAAAAAGCAUUUCUCCAAUUGGAAGACAGCUAACUUUGCAUCCUGGCAAAAGCAAUGCCUCUUGUCAGACCGUGCUGUCUUUGCCAGUGGAUUUUAAUUUAGAGAAAAUACUAGGUGAGUAUUUUAGAACUGAUGAACUCGCAGAUCAAUCUCAGGAAAAUCUGAGCUCUUCAUCACUCAGAAGAAAGCUGUUUUUAGAAGAAAAUGGAAGUGUGUCAGAGUGCUUGUCCCCUUCUCUGCGUAGUCCUUGUGGUAGUCAGCCACUUGGAGUGCUUUGUUCAAUAGAUAUCUCUCCAGUUCAGUGCAGAAGCCCGCUGGAAACAUCCAGUUCGGGUCAGUUUUCAUCCAGUCCUAUUCAGGGAGGAACAAGGGCUUACAGCCUAGGAAGCAUAACCAGUCCCACAUUUCCAGAAGGGUCUCCUGCACGUAAUGGUUCUCCUACUUUUUCACCAAUAGCUUUUCACAUAAGAAAGACGCCGCUCUCGGAAGUCUUGGAGCUGGGAGGCAGUGGUUAG